CCGUGUGUGUAUAUAUAGUCGUUGGACCAGUCGUCCAGGGGAGGAAAGAAGCAUUUGUGAAAACUAAGGUCGCUCGACCGAGCCUGUCACGGAGCUAGCUAGAGCUAGAGCUAGCCAUACACUGGUCAAGCAAGCAAGAGUGUUUCAUGUGCUCCGGCGCCGCCGAGGUGGCUGACCCGGGAGGCGACCAGCACCGGCGGCGGAGGCUCGCCGGCGCCGGCGUCGGGGAAGACAACCGUGGUCAGCCCACGCCGCCCGGCGCCGCACUGACAACAUCGAUCUCGUCGACGGCGAUGAUGUGGCGGCGCAGGCAGGCGCACGAGAUGUCGGCCAUGGUGUCGGCGCUGGCCAACGUCGUGGCCGGCGGCGAGGGCCCCGCCGCCGCUUCCUCGUCGACGUCGGUGAAACGGCCGGCCGCCGAGCAGCUCGUGGACGACGCGGAUGAGGCGUGGUGGUCGCCGGUUCCGGCGGCGUACGGAGGCCAGCUGCCAGGCGGCGCCCCGGGGACGGCCACGCCGCCGACAUUCCUCGCCGAUUACGCAGCAGCAGCAACGACGCCGACGGCGCAGCAGCAGUACCAGCCUUCGUCCUCGGCGGCUGCGGCGGCAGCGAUAGCAGGGGACGAGGAGCUGCCUUCGCCGUCGUCCGGCGGGCCUCGGAAGCGGUACAGGGGCGUGCGGCAGCGGCCGUGGGGGAAGUGGGCGGCGGAGAUCCGGGACCCGCACAAGGCGGCGCGCGUGUGGCUCGGCACCUUCGACGACGCCGAGGCCGCCGCCCGCGCCUACGACGCCGCCGCGCUAGGGUUCCGCGGAUCCCGCGCCAAGCUCAACUUCCCCGAGUCCGCAUCCCUCCUCCUCCCGCCGCAGCAGCCGAAUCAGCCGCCUCCUCCGGUCGCGAUGCCGCCGCCGCAGAGGCCGGAGGCGCUGCUGGAGUCGCACGCGAUGUGGGGGGAUCAGAGCUACUCCCAGUACGCCAGGUUCCUGCAGGGCGGCGCCGGAGGAGAUCAAUCGGCCUCGGGGACGGCGGCAGCGCCUCCUCUGCUCUACAGCUUCGGGGCAGGCGCGAGCUACGCCUUGCAACCGGAGAUGAGCAGGCCGGGAUACCCGGCGGCGGCCUCGCCGUCUUCGGCGGAAGCCUGGGCGGCGACCUACGGCUUGCACGAUGACCCCCGUCGGCGGCGGGAUGAUGAUGAGCCGCCCUCGGGUUGACGCGGUCAGAAUGAUACUGUUGCUGACAGGUGGGGCCGGCUUCCUGAGGUCCGGUCAACGCGAACCCUGACUGACGCUGACAAGGAGGGAGAGAGAGAAAUGCGGCCGAGCGGUUUUCCACGUGGCGUGGUCAGCGUGUUCGGACGACGGGCGAGGGGGAGGAUUUCACGGAAGUUAAGGGAAUUGUUUGGUUUCUUUGGAUUCGAAUUCUUCUGGUAUUGUUUUUAGCAACUUAUAUCGGUGAAUUUCGUUUGCGGAAUUUCAAAGGAUUGUGUUGUGAGACUUGUGACUGUUAAGAUUUGCCGGAGAAUCGACGCAUUGCUUUGUUGCUGCCCAGUC